AGGGACAGAGAGAGAUAGCUUUCCUCCUCCUUCCCUCAUGCUUCCAGACGCUGCUCCCGCGGAGAACCCCGCGACCGGAUCGGUGCCGGCGGCAGAAACGGCGGCGACGGUCAGGGUGAAGGUGCUAUUCUUCGCCCGCGCCCGGGACCUGACGGGCGUGGCGGAGUCCUCUGUCGAGGUGCCGCCCGGGAGCACCGCGGGGGCGUGCCUCGGCCAGGUGCUGGCCUCGUUCCCGAAGCUCGAGGAGAUCCGCCGCUCGAUGGUGCUCGCGCUCAACGAGGAGUACGCGCCCGAGUCUGCCGCCGUCGCCGACGGAGAUGAGCUCGCCAUCAUCCCGCCCAUCAGCGGCGGCUGACCGAGUCUGAAAAUUGUGACAAAACGAAGAAUGGUCUUCUUUCUUCUACAGUACGAAGUACUCUGCUCGUCUCUUUUUUUGCUUCCUGAUCAUUUGGCAUCUUUGUUCUCGAAUCAAAUCAUCACGAUGGUUGAUUGAUGAAUAACGUUAUGUAUUUCGAUCUGAAAAGAUGCAGAAAGCAUGCUCGUUUCAGUAGUCGUUGUAUGUGGUAGUUAGCCAUGGUCGAUCGAAAAUAUGGUCCACCAAAUGAUUGAUCAAUUCAUAGUUGGUGGAACUGAAAUUGAAUAUGAUCCUCAAUUUUUUGGGUUGGAA